CAAACAUCUGUACCGAUGGUAAAGAGCUAUUGUCAGGUUGAAAUUAUACCUUACCUUCUUGUAGGUAGGGUAGGAACAGAUUUUGAACCUAACUCUCGGCCAUGGUCUUUGUGCGCUAAUGACAGCAAUUCUCCAAGAGUCCAAACCGGCUGGUACCACACAGUAUGAGGCUUUUUAUAGUACAGACCCGCCAUUUACGUGGUUGAGUGCAGCGGACGCGUCGCGUCAUCAGCAAAGGACUUACCAUUCCUCAGGCGGCCACGAACAUUCCACGACAAGCCACGCCGAUGAUGGGCAUUGCCGGAAAUCGGCCAAAGAUCCUUACGGAAACUCAGGAUUCAACGUUCUCCGAGCGUCAAGAUGUCUAAUCCAAGCUCUGUCAACCAGCCACUCCCCUCUCAGGGCGAAGCUCUCACGACUCCCACGCACGGGCGGCUUACGGUCGACCCUUUCAGUUUUCUCCGCCUGAGGGGUGGGGAAGGACCCCGCGAAUUUGACCAGGAUGAGGACGGCGUCUCAGUCUCAUCGGAUGAAGAAGAAGUACAGCAUGCGGCGCGCAGACGCGCAGUCGUGGCCCGGCCUGGAAAUGGGCCAACGCCAAACUCAGGGUUCCAUCCCGGUGCCAUUGUCCGUGUGAAAGUCCGAAACUUCGUAACGUAUCAAGAAGCCGAGUUCUUCCUCGGGCCGAACUUGAACAUGGUCAUUGGUCCCAACGGCACCGGCAAAAGCUCGCUGGUCUGCGCCAUCUGCCUGGGCUUGGGAUACUCUUCAAGCGUUCUCGGUCGAGCAAGCGCCUUUGGCGAGUUUGUCAAGCAUGGUAAUGAAGAGGCUGAGAUUGAGGUGGAGCUGCAGAGGAAGCCGGAACAUGCCGAGAACUACGUCGUGGGCCUCUGCAUUCGGCGAGAAGACAACAGCAGGAAAUUCACCAUCAACGGGCAGAGAGUGUCGCACAAGGAGGUCCAGAAGCUCAUGCGCUCUCUCAGAAUCCAGAUCGAUAACCUGUGCCAAUUCCUGCCCCAAGACAAGGUUGCGGAGUUCGCUGCGCUCACACCGAUCGAGCUACUCGAGAAAACACUGCAUGCGGCUGCGCCGGAGGAGAUGAUCAACUGGCGCAAUCAGCUGAAGGAGUACUUCAAGCUACAGAAGGAGACUGAGCACAGCGGGGAGAAGAUCCGCGAGGAACUCCGCAAGAUGGAGGCCCGCCAGCAAGUCCUUCAGGCGGAUGUAGAAAAGCUACGGGAAAGGAAAGCCAUUCAAGAAGAGAUUGACUAUCUCAACAAGUUGCGUCUCGUCGUGAAGUACUACGAUGCCCGAAGGAAGUUCAAGGAAGCAAAGGCACGGAAAACUGAAGCCGAGCAUUCUCUUAAACGACUUCAUAAGAGCGUCGCCCCCGCACUUCAAGCCGUCAACAAGAAGCAAGAGUACCAGUCUAAGAUCAAACUAGUUGUUACCGACAGGCAGCACCGGUUGCAGGCUGCCGAGGCUGCUGCCGAUGCUGCUAUUAAUCAAGUCGAAGCUGCCCAAGCCAAGUGUCAAGACAUGCUAGUCAAGAAACAGGCUGAGACGGAUAGUUUUACCACCAAAAGGUCUAACGUCGCGGACCUCCGGAGAAAGCUUACCGAUUUGGAGGCUAAAUAUCGUGGAGCGCCUCCGAAGUUUGAUGCGGCAGAGUGGAACAUAAAGAUACGUGAGCAAGGCCAUCUGCAGCGCGCAAAAGAAGCGGAAUUCGCCGUGGUCGAGGAAGAGAUGAGGCGACUGCACCUACAACGCGCCGAAAACAGACAGGAAAUAGCGAGACUACAAUCCAGUGUGACGGAGCUGGAGUCACAGCAAGGUCAACUACUGGCGCAGCUGACAAGGAUCAACAGCGACGUGGCCAAGGGUUGGGCUUGGUUGAAGGACAACCAGGGUGCCUUCGAAAAGGAAGUCUUCGGGCCUCCUAUGCUCACGUGUUCUGUGAAGGACAAGCGCUACACCGAUCUCGUUCAGUCGAUGCUGCAGGCAGAUGAUUUCUUAUGUUUCACGGCGCAAACCAAGGAGGACCACCGGAAACUCAGCGAUCAGUUUUACGGCAAGAUGGGGCUAUCCGUCACGAUACGUUCUUGUCUCACACCCUACAAUGCUUUCAGGCCACCCAUACCGAAAGAACAACUGUCUAGCUUAGGAUUCGACGGCUACGUCAGCGACUAUCUGGACGGACCCGAACCGGUACUCGCCAUGCUCUGCUCCGAAAAGAGGGUGCACGCAUCUGCAGUCGCGCUGAGAGAUAUACCCGACGAACAAUUCGAAAGGGUCCGGCAGACCGAGAGUCUCACGCAGUUUGCUGCUGGGAGGAAACUAUACCGCAUCACGCGGAGAAGGGAGUACGGGCCGGAGGCCGCUUCAGCACGUGUUACCCGGUUCGGGAACGGCCGUUUCUGGGCGGAUCAGCCGGUGGACGUGGCCGAAAAGACGGAGCUUUUACAGAGGAUCGAGGAGCUGGAGACUCGGCAACAGGCUCUGGGCGAGGAAUACACGACCGCGGGGGAAAAGCACAGAGGGCUCGGCGCCGAAAUCGCCGCAAUCGAACGGAAGAGGCACGAACUGGGUGAAGCCAAGAAAGAGCUCCAGCGCGAGUAUACAGCAUGGCAAGGUUUGCCGGACAAGAUAGAGGCCGCCAAGAGGACGCUAGGUCAGGCUGAAGAAGAGCUUAUGGCAUGUAAGGAUCGCGUAUUUGAACUGGAGAAGCGCCUCGAUCAGGCGGCUCUGGACAAGGCCAAGGCGAUCCUUCACCACCACAAGCAACUAGACGGCAUUCGAAAGGCACGUUAUGCUCUGCUUGAAGCCCAGGUCCUCCUGAUGGAAGCAGAAUCGGAUGUGGGCGUUCUCAAAGCUAAGAACUCCGAAAUCACUCGGCAGCUGGAGGAGGAGAGGCGACGGCUCGACGAUGCGAAGGCCGAGCAAGAAGAGCAGAAAGCAAUUGCGGAGCACUGCAAAGUGGAUGCCCUCAGUGUCAUAACAGAGGAGAAUCAGAAUGAGCUAUCGACCAAGGCCAAGGAGAGGACGGUCGAGGACGUCGAUCAAUCGAUUCAAGUGGAGAAGGCGAAACUCGAGGUCAUUCACGCGAGCAACCCCACCGCGCUGGAAGAGUACGAGCGGUACGCGGCCAAGAUCGAGAGGGAGCGGGCCAACCAAGCGAACCAGGAAAGCAGGAUGGCGGAACUGAAUGCGAGGAUACAUGACGUGAAGAGUCGAUGGGAGCCCAAGCUGGACGAGCUGGUCAGUCAAAUCAAUGACGCCUUCAGCUAUAACUUCGAACAGAUUAGCUGCGCCGGCGAAGUGGGCGUGCACAAGGACGAAGACUUUGAGAAGUGGGCCAUUGAAAUCAAAGUCAAGUUCCGCGAAAAUGAGACGCUCCAGCGAUUGGACCAGCACCGUCAAUCCGGUGGUGAGCGGGCGGUGUCGACCAUAUUCUACCUGAUGGCGCUGCAGUCGAUGGCCCAAGCUCCAUUCCGUGUCGUUGACGAGAUCAAUCAGGGUAUGGACCCGCGCAACGAGCGCAUGGUCCAUGAGCGCAUGGUCGAGGUAGCUUGCCGCGAGCACACGAGCCAGUACUUCCUCAUCACGCCGAAGCUUCUGUCAGGCCUGCGGUACGACGAACGGAUGCGGGUGCACACUAUUGUCAGCGGCGAGCACGUCGACGAGCGUGGGACCGAAAAGAUGAACUUUGCCAAUUUUGUUAAUAUCCAGCGGCGCUUGAUGGGGCGUUGACCAACAUGGGGGAAAGAUGGGAGAAUAUGAUGGCACUCGCUGCAUGACCAUGCAUGUGUGAUGAUAUCCGACUACCUAUCUAAGGUAAUCUCAUCUGCGCUUUGGGGCUUGAACAAUGGAGGAGUAAGAUGCCUGAGCAUGGCUGCCCUCCUCGAGACAAACAUUGCUCUAGGCAAAAUGGCGUUUCUGAGCGUCUGCGACGUCUAGCAUGCGAUUUCAUGUGCCGAUGCAGGUCCCGCUUCAACACAUGCUCUUCCUCAAGGUGCAAUGAUGAUAGCCACACACUCGUUCCCGGUUGUGAAAUCUUCAUGAGGACCCUGGAAACUCGAACCCCUGACGUCGCUUGUGGAAGCGCCAAGAAGCGAUUAAG